AUGUCUCUUACAUUAAAGCUGUCAUCCCUCGUUAUUCGCACCCUCUCCAAACCAAUCGCGAACCAAAUCAAGGGACAGGCUCGCGAACAUGAACGGUUCAGGAAGUUUUGCAUCUCGAUCGCGCAGGGCCUGCACCGGGUUGAUAUGCGUCUUCGGUUAGGUUCCUUGCGCGAUAGUGCCACGGCCCAAAGACGCGCAGCCGCGGAAGCCGAACUCCGCAAACACAAACCCACGACGCCAACAGUGAAGACGGAAGCAGAGACAAAGGCUGAGGAGCAGGCUAUCGCAAAGGCCAAAGCGGUCGUUACGGAGACUGCGAAGCCGGCACCCGCGCCCCAUAUCCGCCCGCUGUCCGAAUCAAAAGCCAUCGAGUCGGGUGCCACUUUCAUCAGUGAAACCUUCCUGUUUCUUGUCGCUGGCGGAUUGAUCGUCUUCGAGUCAUGGAGGUCGCGAAGAAAGGAAAACACACGGAGAGAGGAUGUCGAAGCCCGAUUGGUCGAGCUAGAACAGUCCGAAAAGGCUGCCCGUCGGGCUCUAAUUGCCUUGGAGAAGGAGGUCCUCCAUCUCAAAGCCAAGGCUGGGGAGUCGGUCAAGUCGCAUGCCAGAAUUCUGCCGCGGGAGGUGUGGGAAGUCGAGCAGGGAGAGGCUGAAGAUCUUCAAGAUCAGGACUGGUGGUCACGUAUCACCUCAUAUUUGCCUUUCAUGUCGAACCCUGUGCAGGAUUCGGCAGUAGAAUCCCAGUCUGCCAUCUCGACAGCUUCAGGAUCACCCCCGAAGACAUCCACGCCUGAACAGUCAUCAGUGUCUCCGGUGAAGUCCGGCCACUAA